AUUUGCACCACUUCAGCUACUACUACGUACGAGUAUAACAUAGAGACAUUUUAUUUCUCCCUUUCCUAAGCAUCCGGAUUCCCACCUCGCUAGAAGCCUAGAACCAAUGGGCUCUGUCCCAUUUGAGUGAGGUCCGUGAUCAGCGGACUUCCGUUUAUAAUAGACCCAGUGAGUGAGGCAAGUAUUUUUCCCGUGAUCCCUGCACAGUGUGCGCGAAAAUCUCGGAGUUUGGGUUUCCGUAGGCUGCUAACCGCUAAGCUGCUGCUCUUAGUCAUCUUUGCUCCCUCCUGUUCUCAAGAAUUUAUCCAAGAUUUCAACAUAAUUCAUUCACAGUAUGUAUAGCAAGAGAAAGUGAGAAACCCGCCAUUUGUAGUUUUGGGGUUCAUGUAUAGUUAUAGGCGAAAAAGAUCCAAUCUUUUCGGAUUUUUCUUCUGUGGGUAAUGUUACUAGGACAGGUAUGAGUUGUCCGGAGCUUUUGGGAGGAAAAUUUGGAUGGUCUAAGCUGCAGAGUUGACUUUGGGCUGGGUUUGAUUCUUCUCUGAAGGCACCUUUCUUGCAGCAAACGGAGAACUUGUGACCAAGAAUGGAUCCCAAGUCUUUCAUCAGGUUAUCAAUAGGAUCGUUGGGAUUGAGGAUCCCCCAACCGGCCUUAAGCAAUCCAAUAUCUUCUUCUUGUUCAUGUGAGAUCCGUCUUCGAGGUUUUCCCGUUCAGACAAUGUCUGUUCCCUUUUUACCCUCACCUGAAGCUGCCCCAGACUCUAACAGUACAGCCUCCAGCUUCUAUCUCGAGGACUCGGAUGUAAAAUCACUACUCCAGCCUGGCUGCUUUCAUACCAACCACACCUGCCUGGAGAUAGUUGUUUUCACUGGGCAGAAAGGUACCCAUUGUGGGGUUUCUAUUAAGAGACAACAGAUUGGUACAUUUAGGUUGGAAGUGAGUCCUGAGUGGGUUAAAGGAAAACCAGCCGUUCUUUUCAACGGUUGGAUUGGGAUUGGGAAGAGCAAGCAGGGUGACGGGAACACAGGAGUGGAGCUUCAUUUAAGGGUGAAGUUGGAUCCCGACCCGAGAUAUGUUUUCCAAUUUGAGGAGAAGACUAAAUUGAGCCCUCAGAUAGUUCAGCUUCAAGGAACCAUCAAACAGCCUAUUUUCAGUUGCAAGUUCAGUCAAGAUCGGGUCCUGCAGGUGGAUCCCCUGAGCAACUUUUUGUCCGCUGGUUUCGUCGAUAGCUCCUACCUUGAAACAGAAAGAAGGGAGAGGAAAGGGUGGAAGGUAACCAUACACGACCUCUCUGGAUCAGCUGUUGCCGCAGCCUUCAUAACCACGCCAUUCGUGCCGUCAGCGGGUCGUGAUUGGGUGGACCGGUCCAACCCAGGAGCUUGGUUGAUCGUCCGGCCCGAUCCUUUUACGCCCGACAGCUGGCAACCAUGGGGGAAACUGGAAGCGUGGCGGGAACGCGGCGGGAUAAAAGAUUCCGUCUGCUGCCGCUUCCGCCUUCUGUCUGAGGAAGGUGGCGAGGAUCUUAUCAUGUCAGAGAUACUCAUCGGUGCCGAGAAGGGCGGGGAGUUUUACAUAGACACUGAAAAACGGGUGGUGGGUCCGGUGCCGAGCCCAAGAAGUAGCGGUGAUGACUUGUCGUCGGGGUUGGGUCCCAUUUUAGGAGGGGGGUUUGUAAUGAGGUGUAGGGUGCAAAGCAAGCUGGUGGUGCAACUGGCGAUGAGACACGUGACUUGUGUGGAGGACGCCGCCAUUUUUAUGGCACUUGCAGCUGCUGUUGAUCUUAGUGGUGAGGCAUGCAGGCCAUUUCGCAGAAGGCUUAGGAGAGGCACCACUCACCAUUCGUGGUGAUAUACCAAUUGUUAUACAACGCACUCCCUCGGUCCCUUGAAGCAUGAACGGUGCUGGCAAGUUGUCUUAUAACUUUUGUACACUUUUGGUACAGAAGUGAUUGAUAUAAUGUGUUAUAUUUCUACAUAUGCUAUAUUUUUAUGUAAAUUCCGUUAUAAAAUAUGUAAAUACGUAUAUGCAAUAUGUAAGAGAUUAUAUUAUUAAUAAUUUAUAUUUAAUGUAAAUGUGAUACAUUAUAAUGUAAAUGUUAUUAUGAAUAUUUAAAAAACGUGUGAUUAACUUGUAAAUGUAAUACUCUCUAUAGCAUUUAUUGAUAUACUCCCUCCGUU